CAAUACCUUUGUCCACAACCAAGACAAAACGAAGUGUCAUAUCUCGCCUACAACUAAAUUCCGAGAGCCGCUGGAAAUAGCACUGUCAAUGUAAAUCUACCCCAAGUUUCUACAGAAAGUUAUACAUCACAAAUAUGAAGCGCUCACGCGAGCCUGAAGAGGACGAAGUGUCUCCGUCACCAGAACCCGAGGUUAGGAUUAGUUCGGACAGCAUAUCGGAUAAGGCGAGCCCUCGAGAACUAGAAGCACUUCCGCCUACGAAAAUCACAGAGCUAGACGAGCACGCCGUCGACGACGAUAGCAAUACCUUCACAAUGAAAUGCUCUCUACCUCCACAUCGGGACAUCCUGUCAUUCAGGACAUAUUCGGAAUACGAAGCGCAUCACAAUAGGACCCAUACGAAUCGAUGUGUAGAAUGCGGCAAGAACUUUCCAUCUGACCACUUGUUAAAUGUUCAUAUCGAAGAAUGUCACGAUGUAUUCGCUGCCGUGAAAAGAGAAAGGGGUGAACACACGUACUCAUGCUUUGUUGAGGGUUGUGAUAGAAAAUGUGGAACACCACAGAAGAGACGCAGCCAUCUCAUAGAUAAGCAUAUGUACCCGAAGAAUUAUUUCUUUGCGAUUACUAAGGAAGGCGUUGAUGGGAGGCAGUCAUUGCUUCUUGAAGGUGGACAUCGUCGACGAAGAUCCUCUACGGCGACUAGCGUUAGUGGACCUAAGUCGACCGGAAGAAGACAGAGCCUCCGGCAGACAGAACCCGCGAAACCCGUGACAGAGGAGCCGGCAAAAGAAGUAUCGAAAGCAUUUAAAGAAGCACCACCACCGGUUGAGGCCCCUGAUACUGAGAUGGACGAUUUGGCCGGUGCUAUGUCGGCGCUGCAAUUCAUCCCUACAACCAUUCGCUUCGGUCACAGGAAAGGGAAAACAGGUUUUGCAAAACGGUAAGACGACGAAUACGAAGUUGAAUGAAGACACGAGCAAACGAUAUAAUGGGUAUCAAGAUUGAUGAAUUCAU